UUCUUUUUUUUGGCGCGAAUACUUCAAUACCAGUAACGAGUUUGUGUUUUCUGAGGGGACCACUGCGCGCCUACAUUAGCACGAAUACCGUAAUAACUUAACAAUUAGUUCGCAGCUGCUUACCGCCAAGGUGUUUUUCAACAAAAUGAUUGGACAAAAAACUAUCAACUCGUUUUUUUCGCCUGUGUCGAAGAAGAGAAUUUCUAAGGAUAUAAAUGAAGCCGAGGAGGAUGCCAAGGACCCGAAGAAGCUGAAGUCCGUGGCGGUGGAGCCGGAGCCGUCCAGCCCGCCUCCUGCUCCUCUCUCCUCGGACCAGCUGGACAGGAUCGCCCGCAACAAGAACGCAGCGCUGAAGAAACUCGCCUCUGCUCGAACACCUCCGGGCUUUGGGGAAAGCUGGACGGAGGGACUGUCGGAGGAAUUUGGAAAACCCUACUUUAAACGAUUGAUGCAGUUUGUCUGUGAAGAGAGGAAACGCCACACCGUGUACCCACCUGCUGAACACGUCUUCACCUGGACUCAGACGUGUGACAUCCGAGAUGUCAAAGUGGUGAUUCUCGGCCAGGAUCCAUAUCACGGUCCUAACCAAGCCCAUGGAUUGUGCUUUAGCGUGAAAAGACCAGUGCGUCCUCCGCCCAGUUUGGAGAACAUGUACAAAGAACUGCUGUCGGACAUUGAAGGCUUUCAGCACCCAGGACACGGAGAUCUGACUGGAUGGUCCAAACAAGGUGUGUUGUUGCUCAACGCUGUGUUGACUGUCCGAGCGCACCAGGCCAACUCCCACAAAGACAGAGGCUGGGAGACCUUCACUGACGCCGUGGUGCAGUGGCUCAGCAACAACCUGGAAGGCCUUGUCUUCAUUCUUUGGGGAUCUUAUGCUCAGAAGAAGGGAGCUGCUAUUAACAGGAACCGCCACCACGUCCUGCAGACUGUGCAUCCUUCUCCCUUGUCUUCUCAUCGGGGAUUUUUUGGAUGCAAGCAUUUCUCAAAGGCCAACGAGCUGCUAAAGAAAUCCGGAAAGUCUCCCGUAAACUGGAAGGAACUGUAGGAUUUUAUUCAUGUUUUCUUACAUGUAUGUUGGUGACCUACAGACCAAAACCCACCCAUAAGCUUUCACAGUUUCCUCUUUUAACUAAACCGUAUGUGCAGAGAUUUCUUUAUGAGUUCAUGUUGGCAGUACUGUGUUGUGCUAUGCACUGACUCUUUCUUGAAUGCCUUUUCUAAAACCGUUUGUUCAACAUUGUAAAUAUUUUUUUGUUUUUUUUUUACUUUUUAUUGAAAAAUUUGUUGUAUUAAAGUGGUUCCAAAAAGUUGUUUCAUAUUAAUGUCUCUACAUUGGCUCUGUGCAUUCUAUUCUAAAAUAGGCUAACUUCCUCAGAUCUCAUAGAGCAGAUGUAGUGCUGUCCAUGUUCCACUGCUGAGUUUCACCACUUUGUCAUCUUUUUGUAUCGAAAAAAACUUGUUUAAAUGCACAAGGCUUAGAAAGCAAAGAAGUCGGUAGGAAAUGUACUGUGGAGGUAGAAUUGACGGAGAAAAGAUGUGAUUAUUGUUAGUGUCUUUCUCAUAGUUUUACUGAUAAAGAUG